CGACGUAAUAAAGACGUAACGAACGAACCGUGAAAUGUAACGUGACAUUUCGAUGUAUUUUACCGUUAUACGAUAAAAAUCCUUUUAAAACAAUUGUGAUUAUUAUAACGAUUUGAUUUCUUAACGUGAAAGUGUUUUCUUGUGGAUUAGCCCGUUGGGCUUUUUCAGCCCAAGAAACUGGAGAGAUGUCGAUUCGGGCGGCAACUUACCGUUUCCUACAAAAUGGUCGGGUCUUACUACGUACCCUCAGAAAUAAAGAAAAUUUAUAUUCUAACGAUAAUCCGAAGAAUUACCUCAACAAGAUACACGUUGUGCAAGUAGGCAAAUCCCAGGGCCAUCAGCCCCAAGGGAAUAGCACUAAUGUCUCUACAACAGGUAGACAUUUUGGGUUCUUGGGAUCUCAUGCAAGACGUUUAUUUGUUGAUAAUAUCUUAAAAAGAGUCACAAGUAGGCUUGCUGCUGAUUUACGAAAACGUGCAGCUAGACGUCUUGUAUUUGGUGAUUCUGCUCCAUUUUUUGCACUUGUUGGUACAUCAUUAGCAUCAGGAAGUGGAAUAUUAACGAAAGAUGAUGAAUUAGAAGGAGUUUGCUGGGAAAUUCGUGAAGCAAUAUCAAAAUUACAAUGGAACAUGCCCCAAAAUGAUAAAAAUUAUGAUGUAACUAAAACCAAUGAAGAUGGCGUAAGUCUAAAAGAUUUUGAAAUUGGUCCUAUCAUUGCUAAAGGUUGCUCUGCUGCUGUAUAUUCAGCAAGAUCUAAAGAAACUAUGCAUAUUGAAAACAUCAUUCAAUCAGAUACUUAUGGCAAGAAUAAAGAUAUACAUUUAUUUCCUUUGGCAUUAAAAAUGAUGUUCAAUUAUGAUGCAGAAUCCAAUGCAACAACAAUACUUAGAGCUAUGUAUCGUGAAACUAUUCCUGCUAGGAAUCGGCAUAACAACGAAGAAUUAGCAGAAUGGGAACAAAGGAUGGCUGAAAAUAUGUCUGUGUUGCCUCCUCAUCCUAAUAUUGUAGUAAUGUAUUAUGUAUUUACUGAUAGAGUCCCAGCUUUACCUGAGUCAUGGGUAAUAUAUCCUGAUGCUCUACCAGCACGAAUUAAUCCUCAUGGAUCUGGCAGAAAUAUGAGCCUUUUUUUGUUGAUGAAAAGAUAUGAUACUACUUUGAAAGAAUAUUUAUCUACACAUAGUGUGAAUAUACGCGAAUCAAUAUUAUUACUAGCUCAGCUAUUGGAAGGAAUUGCUCAUAUAAAUGCUCAUGGCAUAGCACACAGAGACCUCAAGAGUGAUAAUAUACUACUUGAUUUAUCAGAGGAGACUGAUAAUUGCCCUUCUUUGGUGAUCACCGAUUUUGGCUGUUGUUUAGCUGACAAAACUUACAGUUUAUAUAUGCCUUAUAAUACUGACAACAUUGACAAAGGUGGCAAUAUAGCACUGAUGGCACCAGAGGUCAUAUCAGCAACUCCUGGACCUUUCACAAGUAUAAAUUAUACUAAAGCAGAUCUUUGGACUGCUGGCACUAUAGCUUAUGAAAUUUUUGGUGAAAAGAAUCCAUUCCUUGAAAGUCCUGAUGAAAAGGCUGUACUUAAAAAUUAUACUUAUAAAGAGCAGCAUCUUCCUUCAUUUUCAAAUGAUGUUCCAAACAUUAUUGUUGCUUUGAUAAACAAUAUGCUUUCGAGAAAUUUUUCUAAGAGACAUAAUGCAGAAAUGGCAGCAACAAUAAUGCAAUUGUAUUUAUGGGCACCUAGUUCAUGGUUUAGAACUGAAGGCAAAGUACCUUCUAGUAAUGAAAUCAUGGAGUGGCUAUUGUGUUUGACAACCAAAGUCCUUUGUGAAGGCCGCAAUAGUACACUGUUAUUAAGAAAAACAUUAAAUGAUGAAAAUGAACAAAGUUCCUAUCGGCAAUUGUUAUCAACACGUUCAUGUGGGAGACGCACAAUGCCAGAAUAUCAAUUGAUCGCCAGUUUUCUCGGUAGAGUUACCCUCUCAAAUGUUAGAAAUGCUUUACGAUGGAUACAAAAAAAUGUGUAAUAACUUUAUUGUUUUGAAACAAGUGAUAUAAAGUGAUAACAUUGCUGAAUUAUUUUUAUUACUUAUAAAUUUAUAAAUCGCGAAUAUAUUGCAUAAAAAACUCUGUUUUAUUUAUAUGAUAUAAAACAGUUGUUAGUAAGGUCAAUAUUAAUAUCGGAACAUCAAUUAUGAAAAAUUUCUUAAUCUUCUAUUUUCACUGUUUUGCAAACAUAUUGUUGAUUUUUGUUUUUUUUAAAGUAUAUUUUUGAUACUUCAAAGAAAACAAAAAAAAGUUAAUGUGGCACUAUCACAUAUGUAAAAUAAAAAGCAGCAAUAAAAAUAAUAGAUUUUAAAUUUCUCUAACUUAUAAAUUAUGUAAUGUUAUUACACGUUUAUGAUCUACUUAAGGCUAUCAACUAAAAUGUUUUUAAAUCUUUGUUGAACAUUUUACAUUAAGGCUGUUCAUCAUCUUUCGCUCGAAGUAUAUGUAACUUUAGCGACAGAUAUGAACAAAAUAUGAACUACAAGCGUAAGCAGAAUUUGAUUGAAAAGAUUUUGAAAAUACGUUGAAAUAUGCAGCCAUUCGUUUAGUAAUACUCAAUAUAUUGCAAGUAAUACCGAUCCAGAUCUUACUACAUGGAGGUUGCUACAUCUGGAGAUUUGCAAGCUAUAACUCUAUUUUAAAAUAGACGAUACCGGAGGUAUUUGCCACUUACCGAAAAUUCAGGUCCCAAUGCUAACUGAAGAAAAGUAAGACCUAUGGAUAUCAGGACUGUCAUAAUAAUGGAAGCUUCAAUCACCAUUAUUCAAUACGAUCGGUCGUGCUUUCUAAAUUUCAAACGAUAAAACGAAGUCUACUGUAGAACUUAAUCGCCUCCGUGUGUGUUAAAAUUAUGAUGAUUCUAUUUAAAAAUUCGCGUUUCCAUUUUAUCAAGAAUUCAGACUCCUAACACUGUUUGGAAGAUGGUCCAAUGGAAAUAAGACUAGUUCCAAUGCUUGGGUGUUCUUCCUAUUUUGUCCAUUGCGAAGAAAAGAAGAGGAAAAAAGAAAAUAAGACAGAAAAGGAAAUAAAAUAAAUCAAGAGAAACAAACCCGCCAAAAGGCCCACGCCCAAGAGCCCCACUCUUGGGUCCCACCCGAAAAAACUUCGUGCUUAUUUAUGCAUAAACUUGAAAAAAAUACCUGUUUCUAAUACGAUUUUUUUCAAGUUAAAUAAAGUUUUUUCAAAAAUUCGAGAAAGUGAGGUCCUAGAUUAAACUUUCGUCUUUAAAAUAAGACCUUGUUUAUCAAAAUCAGUCAAGAAUUACGCCUAUUUUCAUGAUUGGCAUAAACCAUCAUAAAACCAGGAGUGAUGAACAGCCUUAAAGCACAUAGAUCUUUUAAUCUUAUCUUUUGCAAUACUUAUCACCAAGUUAUUUCAUUUUUUAUUCAAAUGUACGUAAAUAAAGCAUAUUAUGCUUAACAUAUUUUAAUAUCUUAAGGAAAUAUUGUUGUAAUAUUGAAUUUGACAGUUUUUUAUGCAUUUGUAGAUUCUGCAAAAUUAAAAUGUUGUGAAUUACAAUUCAA